AUGGUCCUCUCCGACGUGCUAAGUCGCUUGCCCAACCAAUCUAAUGAUGCUGAAGUAAAGCUAGCCACCAGAGUCCACUUUGUCGCCACAGAUGUAGUGCCAUAUGACCCGGAGCAGAAGAUAGAAGGCGAGACCACCAACCAAUACCUUUUCCAUUGUGGUGCCUACAAGCCACAGCAGCUCAGAGACCACACAAGCAAUGAUCCAGUCCUGCAACAAUUGGGCGAGUACGUAUGUAGAGGAUGGCCGAUGAAGCAGAAUGAUCUUUCAUCCCCACUAAGGCAAUUAUGGUCCUGCAGAGAUGAACUAGCAAUUGAGGAUGGUAUCCUGUUCAAGGGUAAGCAAGUCCUCAUUCCAGAGACACUCCGCAAAGAUAUACGCGAAAAGGUCCAUGCCGCCCAUCAAGGUAUCGAGAAGUCAAGAAGACUGGCUAAAGGAACUGUAUACUGGCCAAACAUCAACAGAGAUGUGGAAGACCUUGUUAGAACAUGCAGCACAUGCCAGGAGUAUCGACCUCAAGACAAGAACGAGUCUCUUAUCCCACACAAAAUCGCCAAGGGACCAUGGUUAAAAUUGGCCUCUGAUCUAUUUGUGGUUAAUGGUCGAAUAUAA